GUGUUCAUCAAGUUCAGUCGGGUUUUGCGAACCGCGCUAGUGAAUUGUGUUCCCAUAGUUUAUCUAGCUGGAGAUCGAUUCUGCAAUAAAGAACAUUUAAAAUGGAACGUUGGCAUGGUAAAGUAGCUGUAGUAACAGGAGCAAGUUCUGGGAUAGGAGCAGCAAUCGUGAAGGAUCUUGUCGAAGCAGGAAUGAAAGUUGUAGGACUAGCCAGACGUAAAGAUCGAAUGGAGGAAAAUGCAACAAAAAUGGAUAAAUCUAAAGGAGGAGAAUUUUAUCCAAUAAAAUGCGAUGUUGUUAAUGAGAGCGAAAUUUUAGAAGCUUUUUCAUGGGUAAAAGCAAACUUGGGAGGUGUUGAUGUCCUUGUAAACAAUGCUGGGAUUGUGAGGGGCACCAUGUUGACCAGUCCAGGAAAUACAGAGGACUUACGUCGGGUACUUGAUGUUAACGUUAUGGCUUUAAGUAUAUGUACUAGAGAAGCAUUUAAUUCAAUGAAAGAUCGCAAUGUCGCUGGACAUAUAAUUCAUAUAAAUAGUCUUGCUGGACACAAAAUACCAUAUAUAGAACCGCCUACAAUGAAUAUAUAUGCUGGAUCUAAGCAUUGCGUAACGGCAUUAACAGAAGUAUUUCGCCAAGAAAUGGUUUAUUUAAAUAACAGAACAAAAAUAACUAGCAUCAGUCCAGGUGUUGUAGACACGGAAAUAUUUGAAACGUUCAUUCCUCCAGAAAUUUUACAAGAGUUCAAAUCAGGAAAUCCUAGUUUGAAAUCUGAAGACAUCUCACAGGCUGUAUUGUAUGUACUUGGAACGCCGGAACACGUCCAGGUACACGAGCUUACCAUCAAACCAGUUGGUGAACAAUUCUAAAAGAAGCGGCAAGGUUUCGUAAUUGAAAUCAAUUCCCAGAAGAACUUUUUGAUACAAAAAUACUUAAAAAUGAAUUCUUACUUAAGAAAAUAAUGUUGAAAUUAUAUUAAAAUUGUAUACCUAAUUCAAAGUAAACAAUAAGUAGUCAGUGGCAGCGUUAGAUUAUCGUAGGCGUUCUAGUCAGGAAAACGAUAAAACACAUAGGCCAGACUAUAAUUAAACUAAUAAUACAAGUUCUAAGUAAUUAAAAACUUUGGACUGA